AUGGUAUACAACGGAGACGAAGUGUCAGCACUCGUGGUGGAUUUCGGAUCAUACACCACUCGAGCUGGAUAUGCAGGAGAAGAUUGCCCUAGAAUAGUCACACCGUCCUUUUAUGGAUACACCGAAACGUCAGAAGGCGAGUCAUCGAAUACCAAUGGGACUGGAGGUGAAGAUGUGGUCAUGGAUGGGGAACAAGAGAAGACUGUAGGGAACACACAGCAAAAGACAAGAAAGUAUUAUGUCGGCGACGAUGGCGUUGGAGUGUGGAGACAGGGAAUGGAAGUUGGAAAUUUCAUGCAAGAUGGUGUCGUAAACGAUCCGGAACCAGCAUCAAGAUUGUUGGACCACAUUUUGCACGACCGACUUGGUGUAGAUCCAACCGAACAUCCUCUGAUGAUCACUGAACCAGCAUGGAAUACCCCCAAAGCGAGAGAAUUGAUGACAGAAAUGGUGUUUGAAGGAGAGAAGAUGCCAGCGUUGUAUUUCGGUUCAGCAGGUGUAUUAUCCGCCUUCGCAGCUGGCAAACCUACUGCGUUAGUACUAGAUGUGGGAUACGCAAAUAGUAGCGCUGUACCUAUAGUAGAUGGAUAUGCUCUCCGUGCCGGCACAAUGAGACAACCUUUAGGAUCACAAUUAUUGAUAUCUCAACUUCAUUCUCACUUCAAGAAUCCAUCCUCAACUAGGAGUUUCCCAUUAUCACUUUCAUCGAGACAUUUAAUUCAGAAACGAGAUCCACAACCUGAUCCAGGAUUACAACCAAAACCUCUCUUCCGUGAGGACAGAUUAUCAAAUACAACUGAAUCAUGGAGAUCAUGGAGUGAAAAUGGUGUAAUCGAACAGUGGAAAGAAUCAUGUACGGAAAUCGUUAAUUAUAAGGGGUUUGACUUCCAAACUGCGAAAGAUCUGCCUCAGGUCUUGUACGAAUUCCCAGAUGGCUAUCAUCAGUAUUUCGGUGAAGAAAGAUACAGGUUUACAGAGAUGUUGUUUGAUCCAAAGAAUUAUUUCAACCAGUCAAUCGAACCUCCUGCUACUCUCAGAGCAACGACCAAUACCGACCAUUCCCACUCACUCAAAGAUCUAGUAUCACUUUCGCAAUUGGUGCACGACAGUAUCAUGUCAUGCGAUGUGGAUGUCAGAGCAGCGUUAUUGCAGAAUAUCGUCGUGGUGGGCAACACAUCAUUAACAAGAGGGUUGAUAGAGCGAUUGGACGUUGAAUUAGCCGCCUUGAUGCCUAGUCAAAAGAUCAAGAUCCACUCGCCAACUAUUCCAUUCGAGAGGAAAUACGCUUCCUGGGUAGGAGGUUCAGUCUUAGCUAGUUUGGGCACUUUCCAUCAAUUGUGGGUCACGAAAGAUGAAUACGAAGAGCAUGGAAUGAAUAUCGUACAUCAACGAUGUAAGUAG